AUACGAUUCUGGGAAUACCGAAAAGCGAUUCGACGAGAAAAUGAAUUUCUCCCUCAAAAAAUUAUCUCUGGUUUAUCUGAAACCGUAAAACAUCUUGGUUAUGACAUUCGCGAAGUCCGAGAUGGGGUCGCGAGAAGUAGUAAUGCCGGACCUGGCACGUCAAAAACGCCUGAAAAUUAUACUGGCACUAUUUCCGAUCUCUGGGAAGAUAUUGAUGCCCUGUUCAAAGAAAAGAAAAGCGGUCUAUGGCAAGGUUGUAUCCAAAGGUGGCCGAGGAAAUCCGGGAACUUGCUAUCAACCAUAAGAAGGGGGUUGCGAUCAAAUUUUCAUAAAAAAUUAACUAAAAAUCCGAAAGAAGAUACACUGGAUUCAUUAAAAUUAUGGGUAUCAAAACAGAAGGGUGAAAUAGAUACUGAACCGGAAAGUGAGGCGGAGAGUAGUGAUAGCGCUGGACCUAGCGGGACGAGAGAAUAG